AGACACACAUGAUCACCUGACUGAAAUGUUGACAAAGCAAGUUGGCCACCGGUAAGGAAGCAAACCCACUCGCUGACAGUUUCGGUGGCGACUGGCUGGUUGGAAUCGACCAAUUGAAAUAUCCGACGUUUUCACGGUUACCUGUGAUACAGUGUGAUUUCGGUUCCGUCCUCGUGGCUGCACAGUUGCCAGUUAGUUAGCUGGGAGGAUAACCCUAGAGUAGCUACUAUUGAUUUUCGUUCAGAGAGACCUGUGAUCCAUGCAAAAGGUGAACAAGAAGAGAGGGUAAACAUCAGGAAACGUCCCUACUGUCAGUAUGGACAUCCAGAGUGAGAGGAGAAGGCUGCUGGAUGCGGAUGGUGGAGAUGAGGAUCCUACAGGACUCAUGUCUGAGCAGGAUGCUUAUUUGAGUAAAGUGAAGAACAAGAAGUUGUACCUGGCAACGUUUGCCUCUGUUCUGGGUCCCAUGAGCUUCGGGUUCGUGUUGGGAUACAGCUCUCCUGCCAUCCCCCAACUUACCAGGAUCGCUGACCCUCGGCUGCGGCUGAACGACGUCCAGGCCUCCUGGUUUGGGUCCAUAGUGACGGUGGGAGCGGCAGUGGGCGGCCUUCUGGGCGGUUGGAUGGUGGGGAAGGUCGGCAGGAAGCUCACUCUGAUGUUCUGCUCGCUGCCGUUCGUCUUUGGGUUCACCAUCAUCAUCGCGGCACAGAACGUGUGGAUGUUUUACCUCGGCAGAGUGCUCACCGGCCUCGCCAGCGGGGUCACGUCACUGGUCGUCCCGCUGUAUAUCUCUGAAAUGGCACACGAGCGAGUACGCGGGAUGUUAGGCUCCUGUGUGCAACUCAGCGUGGUGCUCGGCAUCAUGGGAGUGUAUCUCGCAGGUCUCUUCAUGGACUGGCGCUGGCUGGCGAUCUGCAGCUCCAUCCCGCCCACGCUGCUGAUGGUCUGUAUGUGCUUCAUGCCAGAGACGCCCCGGUACCUGCUGUCACAGGGUAAGAGGCGGGAGGCUGAGGAGGCGCUACGCUUCCUGCGAGGACCUGACGCCUCCGUCGAAUGGGAGUGCGCCCGCAUCGAGGAUGCCUGUGAUGAGCAGGGCUCUAGUUUCCACAUGUCGGACCUGAGGGACCCCGGGGUCUACAAGCCUCUGGUGAUCGGUGUCAUGCUGAUGUUGUUUCAGCAGAUGACGGGGAUCAAUGCCAUAAUGUUCUACGCUGAGAGCAUAUUUCAACAGGCACAUUUCAAGGAGAGUGACCUGGCUUCAGUGAUCGUGGGUCUGAUUCAGGUCGUCUUUACAGCAGUGGCAGCCAUCAUCAUGGACAAAGCUGGAAGGAAAGUCCUUCUCAUCAUCUCAGGUGCUGCCAUGGCAAUCAGCACCACAGCAUUCGGGGUCUACUUCUACCUGAUGUCCAAACUACCCAGCACCACCUCGGCGGGUCUCUUGGUGCUGGAAAUCCAGAGCACAGCUGGAGAAGAACCCCACGCUGACCUGGCAUGGCUGGCCCUCGCCAGCAUGGCCGUCUUCAUCACAGGAUUUGCUCUUGGCUGGGGUCCAAUCCCGUGGCUGGUUAUGUCGGAGAUUUUCCCCGUCAAAGCAAGGGGGGUUGCCAGCGCUGUCUGCGUCCUCACCAACUGGAGCAUGGCUUUCAUCGUCACCAAAACCUUCCAAGACAUGAUGAACCUUCUAACCAGCGCAGGAACCUUCUGGCUGUUUGCCUGUAUGUGCAUCAUCAACGUCAUCUUCACCAUUUCCUUCGUCCCAGAAACAAAGGGCAAGACACUGGAGCAGAUCGAAGCCACUUUCAGAGGCACAUCAGGUCCAUGAAGCCCCUCUCCCACCGGCCAAAAGACAUCACAUGUGUCAAAUCUCAGACCUCAUACUCCUGAACUGACAGGUCCUCGGGGCAUUUUUUUCAAAUCUUUCUUAAGCUUAUGAAGCUGAUUGGGUGACAUGCAGCAAAGGGCCUCGGGCUGGACUGGAUCCCGGGCCGCUGUGGUAAGCCUUGGUACGUUAGACUAAACUGGGUGUAAAUCAUCUGUUUCCGUAGGAAGUCUGAGCUAAACACUUAAUUAUAUUAAUUAUUAAAUCGGGUAAUUAAAUACAGUUUUCCGCAGGUCACAUCCUUAAACUUUUAUGUUUUAUACUGAGAAACAACAUAUGUAAUAUCAACAAAAAGACUAGACUGAAGUGCUCGCUCAGACACUGAGUUGCAGAGUGACUCCCAGUGAGAAGAUUCAGCACAAGUUUAUUAGUGUCUUGUUCAAAAACACUUGGAUUGGAUGGGUGUUAAAAUUUUUGUUAGUGAAACACUGGGCUGUUGUGGAGAUGAACCUGCACCCUCAGUGGUUUUUGCUACCUCCAGUAAGACACCACUCUACACUGCCUCCUGCAGGUCUAACUUAUGUAAUUCACCGCCAAGACAACACAUUCUGAUCAGUGAAGUUCUGACUGAAAUCUGUCCUAAACAGUUGUUCGUUUUUCUACACUGAAAACACUUUCCUUUUGAGAAAAGCUGGUACAAUGCUAAAGCAGAAUGUGGGGGAUACAGACACAAUAUCGCUGUUCAAUUACUUUGAUUCAGUGCCAAAUACAUCAGGAAUAUUUUCUGUCUUCACUAGGUAGGGAUCAUGCCUGUGGUGCUUGCUCCUUAAACUCAAAACAAAGUGUAUCUUCAAGGAAUUUUGCAGAAACUUUAUAGCACUGAUGUUUUGAGAAGUGAGUCUGUUGUUUACACUGACUGUGCUGACUGUUACAAAACAGUGAAGUGAAACUAAAAAGAUUAUGUAAUGAAAAACUUUGAAACAUCUAUCAUCUGUAGAAUUAAAAAAAACGCCUCUAAUAAGAAAAAGGGUUUGGGUUUGGGGUUUGUUUUUGUAAUAAUUUUUUCUUAAAAUAUUCUUGUAAAGGAAAUGUUUGAAACUAUUAUGUGACUUGUUUGCUAUGAGUUCGGUGAAGUUAUAAAAAUAAAUAGAUGAUAAAUGGUCAAUAGAUAAAUGAAGCUUUUUGACUCAGUUUUUCCACUAUGAAUUUCCAAGUUUGUGUUUUUCAUUAUCCCGGUGUGAAACUGAAUCAUACCAUAAACUGUCUGUGAAUAAAAUCACUGUUUUGGACA